UCUUCACAGGAGCAGAUGUGCAGGGUGUGCUUGACAGAUGCAGGGUUGCAUAAGCAAAAGAUUUCAAAAUGUAUCCUACCCUGGAGACCUCAACCUAGUGUACAACGUUCCUGGCUGGAAAAGAAGAACUGCAUCAUUCUUUUUUUUUUUUUUUCAUAUCUUUACCAUUACUUGCCCUUGUAUCUCCGCCUUCUCUUUCUGCAGGAAACUUUAUUUCCUACUUCUGCCCACCAAGUCUCUACCUCCAGAUCCGUUUGGUUCAGUUACUGAGAAGCGUGACACACCAGUGCCACUUGGAAGAACCCAUUUGACGGACGAAGGAAGAUGAAUGUUUCCUUCAGCCACAGCGUACUGUCCACAUCUCAUUCUCUGUUUACAACAAAUAUCCAGGAGAACAACGAAGAGCCCACCACCUAUGACUAUGAUUACAGCGCACCCUGCGAAAAGGCCGACGUGAGACAGAUCGCGGCCAGGCUCCUGCCUCCGCUGUACUCGCUGGUGUUCGUCUCUGGUUUUGUGGGCAACCUGCUGGUCGUCCUCAUCCUGAUAAACUGCAAAAAGCUGAAGAGCAUGACUGACAUCUACCUGCUCAAUCUGGCCGCCUCUGACCUGCUUUUCCUUCUUACUUUCCCGGUGUGGGCUCAUCAUGCUGCGAACGGGUGGGGCCUGGGGGACGCGAUGUGUAAAUUAUUCACAGGGCUGUAUCACAUUGGUUACUUUGGAGGAUUCUUCUUUGUCAUCCUCUUGACCAUUGAUAGGUACCUGGCUAUCGUCCAUGCUGUGUUUGCUUUAAAAGCCAGGACGGUCACCUUUGGGAUGAUGACAAGUGGGGUCACCUGGGUGGUGGCUGUGUUUGCCUCUCUCCCAGGAAUCAUCUUUGCCAGAUCCCAAAAUGAAGAUUCCCUCAGCUCCUGUGGACCUUCUUUUCCAGUAGGAUGGAAGAAUUUCCACACAAUCAUGCGGACCGUCUUGGGCCUGGUCCUGCCGCUGCUGGUCAUGAUCAUCUGCUACUCGGGAAUCCUCAAAACCCUGCUUCGGUGUCGAAAUGAGAAGAAGAAGCACAAGGCUGUGAGGCUCAUUUUCGUGAUCAUGAUUGUUUACUUUCUUUUCUGGGCUCCCUACAACAUCGUCCUUCUCCUGAGCACCUUCCAGGAAUUCUUUAACGUGAGUAACUGUAAGAGCAGCAGUCAGCUGGACCAAGCCAUGCAGGUGACGGAGACCCUCGGCAUGACGCACUGCUGCAUCAACCCCAUCAUCUAUGCCUUCGUCGGGGAGAAGUUCAGACGGUACCUCUCCGUGUUUUUCCGAAAGCACAUCGCCAAACACCUCUGUAAGCAGUGCCCAGUUUUCUACGGGGAGCCGGCAGAUCGAGUGAGCUCAACGUACACCCCUUCCACUGGGGAGCAGGAAGUCUCGGUUGGUCUGUAAAUCAGUAGCAGUUUGCUGGUUAAUUUAAAGGGAGAUAGCAAUCUGUAGAUGGUAAUAAACCUCAAGGGUUUGUUGAAGGACAGAGGCCUGUGAAUCUCUAAAGCAAGCGUCCAGGAGCUCCAGGGUUGUUGUACCAAGACAGACUUGUGUCACUCCUUGCACAGCCAACAUGUGCUCAGGGGAAGUUCCAUGACUACUGUGGGCAGAGACGUGACUCUCCAACAAGCUCAUCUCAGUUCCUGGAAGAGGUCACGCCUUGUGCUUUCCUUUUUUCCCAGUCUGCACCACUUCUUAGCUCUCUGACUCUAUCAGUCUCCAGUCAAAAGCCUGGCUGGAGGUGGGGAGUGAGGGGAAUGAGACCUGCACAGAGCACAGAAGGAGGGGGAGUGCAGCCAGGCCAGUGCGAGGAGGAGGGAGGUGUGAGUGUGGUGGAGCCUGGAUGAGGAUGGAAGUGAGGGCUUCGCUCAUUCAUCCAGACAACGUACUGGCCCUUAGCCCCAGCUGCCAUCCACGUGUAACUUUGAAGGCUCUGCCAGGUUAGGGAGAGCUUGCGAGCUGUCGUAGCCUUCUAAGAGCUUUGGUUGGGUUUGAUGAUCCACUUUUGCAUCAGUGCAUACAAAACAUUUUUUCUUUAUUGUGGCUUAUCUGUGACGACCAUGCACCCUGCAUCUGAACUCUAUUAAAUAUCAUGCUCCAUUGUUCACAUGCUUCUUAGGCCACAUUUCCCCAAUGUAAAUGCUUAUUAAAAUUUUUAAAUGAAAUCCAUAAUGCAUAAUCUAUAAUAAGAGGAAAAAAUAAAAGCCCUUGUUUGACCCUUCCAGGGAACAGGGAGGGUUGGAGUUAGGCAUUAUGAGAAGUGGGGGGGAAUAACAAGUGCCUCCAUCAGGAGUGGGGCUGCAGCAGGGGCACAGGAGGGUGUGGGGGUGCUGCAGGGGUAUUUCCCAAGCCAGCCCAGAGGAGAAGCGGGGAAGACCUCAUCACAGCUGCUGGCCCCAGGGAGGCUCUGGCCCGCUCGCUUCCUGUGGCCUUUCCCUGCCCUCCUGCUGCCCCUGUCUCCUGUGCCCACACCGCUCUCCCUGUAGGCUUGCCCUGCUCCAAGAAACAGUUUGUGCGGGUCCAGGAGAGUAGACUUGGGGAGACAGUGAAGGAAGCUGCAGUCAGAACCCCCCAUGGGCCCAGGAGAGGGAAAACAGCUGGUGGGGACAUGGGGUGUGUUCUGGAGGCAGAGGAGGGGCCUGGAGGCAUGACACUCAUACACUGGCCUGUGACUCUCACGGUCUGAAUUACCAGGCAGGACAGGCCUGGUUGAGGAAAGCUCUAGAUGAGUGGGAAAAAAGUGUUGCCCAACUUACCUUGCAGUGCCUCCUUUUUAGACACAGGCAGAGAGCUCAGAUGUUUAAAAAUGAAUGAAUAAAGUUAAAAUAAAAUUAAAGCUGAAAAUUGCAAUUUGUAAAUGUGGAAGGGUAUCACAUUAAGAGUCAAUGUGUCCAAGCCUGAAAGUACUGUAUUAGUCGGAGAGACAAUUCUGGAUUUGAACUUAAAAUGUCAGCACAUGUAGUAUGUUCAGGAGAUUGCCAGUUCAACAUAAGUAGCUACUGAUCAGGGUUUGGAGGUCUGUGAUCUCUGGGCUUCUGGAGAUGUAGCAUCUAUAUGGUGCCCUCUGGAUCACAUCACACACUCCACAACUGUUAUCUUGGCUGUGUCUUUAGUCUCUCAGACUUGCUGCCAAAAAUCUUUCUUUGCAUCAUAAAGUCUAUGACUACACGGGUUCAAUCAUCUGUGAAGGCUCCAGGGCUUUGGAGAUGUCCUCACUGCGUCAAACUGUCCUGUGUGGCCAGUGGGAACUCUGAAAUCAAGCUGACUCCUGAUCAAAGCUUUCAAAUCCUCCUUGUUAAGGAGGGGAGUUGGCUCACUUAAGCAAAGACUUUUGUCUCGGUUGAGACAAGUUAAGAAUGUACAAACAUGUCGCCCAGUGCAUUUCUGAUCUGACGCAAGCAAGAAGCACAGGGCUUCUGAAACCUGGCAACUCAGGAGCCGGAAGUGACUAUGGUUUUAUGCUCUCGCUUUAUGACUAGAGAAGGGGGUGGGGGCAGGGAGGCAGAGCUUCACCUUCAGAUAUUUGUAUUAUCCCAAUGAUGCUAAUGCAUGACUUGAAAAAUGCAUCAGUGCUCUAAAUAUAUUGUUGCAUAAAAAUCUGUCUUUUUAACACCUCCCCUUUUCAUCCAUCCCCCAGCCUCUGGCAACCACCAUUCUAUUACUUUAUUCCAUGAGCUUGACUAUUUUAGAUGACUUGUAUAAGUGCAAUCAUGAAGUAUUUUUCCUUCUGUGGCUGUUUUAUUUCACUCAGCAUAAUGUCCUCAGUGUUCUUCUCUGUGGCCGCAUCGGACAGGAUUUCCUUCUUUUUAAGGUUUGGCUAAUAUUCUGUUGUAUGUAUGUACCACAUUUUCUUUAUCCAUUUAUCAACAUGCACAUAAUUCCAGUUAUACAAGGUGAAUAAGUUCUAAAUAUCUACUUUUCAAAUUGUGCCUAUAAAUACAAUACUGUACUAUACACUUAAAAAUUUUUUUAAAUCUGUUAAAAGGGUAGAUCUCAUGUUAACUAUUCUUACCAUAAUUUAAAAAAAAACCUGCCUGUUUUGUUAUAUGCGAUGUGAUAGAUUGUCUUAUUGUUCACAACUUUUCUCUCCUUCCCCUGUGUCAUAAAACAUGCCUUUCCUAGCAGUGUGACUUACAGUGUGCCCUACAGGUGUCAGCCCCCACCCCAUCCACAGGUGGCUCAGCCAAUAGUAAGUGAGCAGAACUGACAGCUGCCCCAUCCACACAGAGCAUUAAAGUGGUUGGGCCGAGCCUCUGGAAAGGUGGUCCUGCUCAGCCUCAGGAAGGCCCAUCCCAGGCCACACCGCACCGGUGAGCUGCACGACACGGGGAACAGAGCCAGGGCCCCGGCCGCACGGCUGCUGCACAUCCCAGAAACAAGAGGUCCACAUUUGCUGCUUCAAGCUACUGAGUUGUGGGGAUUGUUUGCUAAGAAGCACAAAAGCUGACUGAUACUUA